ACUAUAAAUAACUUCGAUAAUCUAAGGCAAUUUUAUUUAGAUAAUUUAUCUCAAUGUAAUUUCGGGAGAGUGCAAUAUAAAUAGACAAAAAUGUAUUCAUAUCUUUUGUGACUUUUAAUUUAUUAAUGUUUGUGUUAAUUGACUUAUAUGAUUAAAUUUAAUAUAUUAUAUGAUACAAGAUAGAUUGUAUAAACAAUUGUGAAGAUAAAUAUGUCAAUUUAACCUCCUAAAUUUUUAACGUAAUCAAUCAACGGUGUACAAAUAAGAGCACAGACGAAAUAAAAUACUUUUUAAAGAAAUAUUUACAUAUUAUUUUUUGAUGGAUCGGCUCAGGAAAAUAUGUGCCAAAAAACAGUCUGCUUAUAUUAAUGAUGACUUAGAAACACUUAAGGAAAAGAGAGAACGAUGGAAAAGUAUAUAUAUAAUUUAUUUUACUAUGUUUCUUAUGUCUCUUGGAUUCAGCAUAGUUUUAACUGGAGUCUGGCCAUAUUUAGAUAAGUUAGAUCGCACAGCAGGGAAAGAAUAUAUGGGUUAUGUAGUAGCAGCUAAUCCUUUAGGUCAAAUGCUAUUUUCUCCAUUAAUUGGUUGGUGGGGCAACAAAAGAGGAUCUGUAAGAAUGCCUCUUUUAGUUACAUUAUUCCUUUUUAUCUGUGCAUCAACAAUGUAUAGCAUCCUAGAAAUUCUACCAGGCGAUAGAAAGGCUCUUAUGGCUAGUGCUAGAUUCCUCGUUGGAGUUAGUUCUGCUAACGUUGCAGUAGCUAGAUCAUAUUUAUCUGCAGCUACAAAACUUACAGAAAGAACUCAGGCAGUUUCUAUGAUUACUCUUGCACAGGUUUUAGGAUUUGUAGUAGGACCUGGUUUACAAGCUGCUGUUACUCCACUUGGUGAUAAAACUCUAUAUUUUCUAGGUUUACCAUUUAAUAUGUAUACAAUGACUGGUUGGAUAAAUGUUGUAAUGGGAAUUAUUAAUUUCAUUUUAUUUUUACCAUGGAGUUUUAAAGAGCAUACAAUUGCUAUAAAAGAAGCUAUGCGUAAUGGUGGAAAAGCUACUGAAAAAGAAACAUGGAAGGCAAUAAAGUCUGAUUAUUUAGCAGCUUGGACAUUAAUCUGUGCUUUUUUUGUUUUGGUUUUUAAUUUUGUUCUUAUAGAAACAUUGGGUUCUCCUCUUACAAUGGAUCAAUUUGCUUGGUCAAAAACUGAAUCUUUAUAUUAUUUGGGAUUGUUAAUGAGUAUUGGUGGUGUGAUAGCAUGUAUCACGUUUGUAAUGAUUGGACCUAUUUGUAAAAGAUUUGCUGAAAGAAAAGUAAUGCUAUGGGGUGGUUUUCUAUUUAUGUUUAUUGGACGACUAUUUUGUAUUCCAUGGGGGCCUGAUCCUCCAAAGAUUGCUGAUUUUGGAUCUUUCAACAAUAUAACUACAAAUGAGAAUGGUUCAGAAAUAUUAGGAUGUCAAAGUACUCAAGAAUGGUGCAAAUAUACUCCACAAUUAACUGUACUACAAUUUAUUAUUGGAUAUAGUUUCACUAGUAUAGGAUAUCCUAUAGGAGUUACCUUAAUACAAACUAUAUUUAGUAAAGUUCUUGGGCCACGACCACAAGGUGUUUGGAUGGGAUUAAUGACAGGUGCUGGGUGCGCUUCUAGAGUUCUGGGACCAGUUUUUGUUAGCGUGAUUUACACGCGCUUUGGAACAUAUCAUACUUUUGGUAUUACAGGAGUAAUGUUAUUAGCUUCCAUGGUAUGGUUACAAAUAGUAAAUACACGUUUAGUACCACCGACAAUAAUUAAAGUAAAUAAUAUAGAAGAAGAACAAAAGCAAGAUACUGUAAUACCUUUAGUUCGUACUAAAUCUAAUAUUGAAGAAACAAAUGAAACGCACAAAUGUGAUAUAAUAAGUUAUGAUAAAAAGUAAAUAUUGUUAUGAGAAAGCUAAAAUUUGAUUUGUGAUAUCAUCUAGAUAUCUGGAUAUAAAUAAUAUAUAUUUCAAUUAUACUUUCUCAUAUCAAAAAAUUGAAAUUGGAGACUAAUAAUAUCAACAAAUAUUUUACUUGAACUCUACUAUGUGCGUAAGUCCAACCAAUCAUAAUAGAUUAUAUAUAUAUAAAUAUGAUAUUAUUAUGAUAUAAGAAGCAAUAUAUUUUGAUGCCUAUUUACAUUUUUUUA